CCCACUGUUCCGAAUACCGGCUUCCAUGUAAACAAAAACGUUCAACCGGCAGGCAGCAAUAAUUUUGUUUUCAUUCGUAUCAAUUUAGCGCCUUCUUCGAUUUGCUUUGGAACAUGCUGGAGUCAGUGUUUAUUCUUCUGCAAUAGAAACCACGUCAAAUUACAAGUAGAGGUGAAAUGCACAAGUUAACACUACUUCGGCGGUGUUUGACUACAGCCCCCGGGACCGAGGAAAUCUUGCCGCACACAACGGUGCGAGUCCUGAAACGAAGCCCUGCGAAAUCGGCACCUGCACCGCAAAAUGAUACCGCCCCUCAUAAGAAAACGUCAUCUUCGCCAACUCACUCGACCUCCGGAACGCGAAUCAACGAAAUGAACAUCCAGCUACUUUCCCGCGGUUUAUACGAACAAAUAUUCGAAUCUACCAGCAAAGUGCCGCCAUCCGAACGUCAAAGACUGACCUCAUUCCAAAUCGAGUUACUCAAAAAAGAGCUUACGCGACACGGAAUCCCUCUGGACAAUCCAGCCCUUUUGCCAGACGUAAACUUCAAGCUGCCAAAGCUGAAGGGACAAUCCAUUGAGGAGCAUUUCCUCAAAAUUGCUCAGGAACAAAGUCAACCCUAUCGGAACCUUCUUGACUCCCUAAUAGACUGUCCCAUACCUCCCCUGCCAGACCGUUGGUCCGAGAGCCCCGGUUGGACUUGCUACGACCCGGAUAAAGGCCCCAUCCCAGUACCGUACCCAGACGAUCGCGCUUUCAUCUUCGAUGUGGAAGUCUGUGUUCCCGCUGGUUCGGCACCGGUUAUGGCCACUGCAAUGAGCCCAACUCGCUGGUAUUCUUGGACCAGUCAAAGUCUCACGAGUGGGAUGCCCUUCGGGGAGGGUCAUCGCUACCAGCUUGGCGAUCUGAUUCCCAUGGAAUCGGCGACCAAAGAUAAGCCCUUUUCCGAGGGGAAGGUUUGGGAGCCGAAAGUUCUCGUUGGACACAACGUGUCGUUCGAUAGAGCCAGAAUUAAGGAACAGUAUUGGCUACAGAACACGGGACUGAGAUUCGUGGACACCAUGUCGUUACACGUUUGCGUUAGUGGAGUAACUAGUUAUCAGAGGGCGAUGUUGAAAUCUAGCAAAGAACUUCCUCUGGAGGAUCUGGCAUGGAGUAGUCAGAGUUCGUUGAACAAUUUGGCGGAUGUGUUCCAUUUGUAUUGCGGCGAUCAUUUAGAUAAGGAAAAGAGAAAUAUAUUUUUAGACGGUAGCCUUUCCGAUAUCAGUCAAGAUUUUCAAAGUUUGAUGACCUACUGUGCAGGUGACGUACAGGCCACGAAGCGUGUUCUUGACAAACUACUUCCGCUAUUUUUCGAAAGAUUUCCGCAUCCCGCGACGUUGGCAGGGAUGUUGGAAAUCGGCAAUGCUUAUCUACCGGUCAACAGCAACUGGAAUCGGUACAUUCAGGAGUCGGAUCUAGCCUACGAAGAUUUGGACAUCGAGGCCAAACAUUUGCUGGCUCAACGGGCGGAUGCCGCCUGUCGGUUGAUGCACGAUCAGGAAUAUCGCAAGGACCUGUGGUUGUGGGAUCAGGACUGGUCCGUACAGGAGCUCAAGAUGAAGGCUCCGAAGAAAGUUACUCAGAAGCAAAAGUUAGAGAUGGCCACAGUCGAACAAACGACGAACAAGCCAUCGACAGAUGAAGACGCAGAAGAGUUAGAUCUAUUGGCGGAGAAAUUUAAGCAACUCUAUGAAAUGAAAGAUUUGCUACCGGCUAGAAGGCCAUUGCUGCCAGGUUACCCAGCUUGGUAUCGGAAUCUUUGCUCGAAACCCACCAGUGAAGAGGACUGGUCACCGGGUCCGACCAAAAUCAGCACCGGAAUGCAGAUCGCCCCGAAGCUGCUGCAGCUAUGCUGGGAGGGCUACCCGUUGCACUUUAUCCGGGGCCAGGGAUGGGGCUUCCUGGUGCCGCACAAGUAUCGUCGCGACGAAGAUGAUGGAAACGGAUGCAUUCCGUUGGAACAAUUGGUCGCGGCUUGUCCGGUACUCGAGAUCAAUCCCGAGGCAACGUCUAGCGAAAGUUCUGAAGCGCUGGGUAGUUUGUGGAAAGAUGUGGAAGCGAAUUUGAGUCGGAAAGAUUACUACAGCAAGCUGAAGAAGGAUAAAACGGGAAGUGUGUACAAAGGGGCAGGAAUAUGGUGCAAUGUGGACAUGGAGGAUUGUUGCUUCUUUCUGAAGCUUCCCCACAAAGAUGGUCCUUCGAACCGCGUGGGGAACCCUCUGUCGAAGGAUUUUUUGAACAAAUUUUCCGAGAAUGUUUUGGCAGGGGAUGGCAAAACGGCACAGCGUGUUGUCGAGAUUGCUCGAAUGUUAUCGUACUGGAGGAACAACCGGGAUCGGAUAACGGGACAGAUUGUGGUUUGGCUGGGGAAAGAGAGCUUACCGAAACAUUUGCGUGAAGAGGAAACCGAUCACGGAGCAAUUCUGCCUCAGGUGGUGGUUUGUGGAACGCUGACCAGACGAGCUAUGGAGCCGACCUGGAUGACGGCAAGCAAUGCGCAGCGAGAACGCAUCGGAUCGGAACUCCGGGCUAUGGUUCAAGCUCCCAAAGGGUAUCGGAUCGUGGGCGCUGAUGUGGACAGUCAAGAACUGUGGAUAGCUUCCGUGUUGGGAGAUGCACACGCGGCAGGAAUUCACGGGGCAACCCCAUUUGGGUGGAUGACCCUUAGCGGAACUAAGGCUAGCAAGACAGACAUGCAUUCGGUAACGGCUCAAGCCGUUGGAAUCUCUCGAGACCAUGCUAAAGUUAUUAACUACGCCCGAAUCUACGGAGCGGGGCAAAAUUUCGCCGAACGGUUGCUCAAACAAUUCAAUCCAACGUUUUCGGAAGCAGAAGCCCGCUCGAAAGCGAUUAAAAUGUUUGCUUUGACUAAGGGUAAAAAGUUUUACUACCUCAGAGACGAGUUCAAGGAUCAGUUUCCUAGUAGUAAACCUUACUCGGCCUACGAAGCUCUUAAAACGGCUAAAAUUAGCAAUAAAGCAGUUACGGAAUUAUUCGAGCCGGCUCGCUGGGAAGGAGGAACCGAAAGUGCCAUGUUCAAUCGGUUGGAAGAGAUUGCUGGAUCGGAUAGUCCGGUUACACCGUUUCUCGGAGGCCGACUGAGUCGAGCCUUGGAACCGCAGGAGGGUACUGAAGAUCGAUUUCUGCCAACCCGCAUCAACUGGGUAGUGCAGAGUGGAGCCGUUGAUUUCCUUCACUUGAUGCUGGUGUCCAUGCGGUGGUUGAUGGGCAAUCGGGUACGAUUCUGUCUAAGCUUCCACGAUGAGGUGCGCUACCUGGUGGAGGAACGGUACGCUUACCGGGCGGCCCUCGCCAUGCACGCGACCAAUCUGCUGACGAGGGCGUUUUGCGCUUCAAGAAUCGGCUUCAACGAUCUACCUCAAUCAGUGGCCUUCUUUUCGACGGUCGAGGUCGACACGGUUCUUCGAAAAGAGUCCCAGCAGGACUGCAAAACUCCUUCGAACCCACACGGUUUGGCCGUUGGCUACGGAAUAGCUAACGGUGAGUCCCUGGACAUCUACCAGUUGUUGGAGAAACUGGGGGCGACCGAAGAGAUCGACAUGUCCCGCUGGGAGUGGCAUCGAAGAGACCACACAAAAACCACCAGCAAAGUCCCAAAGAAAAACGUUAAGACGAUUCGACGAAAGAAAGCAGAGUAAAUAGGUUCUUGUUCUACUGGUAA